AUGAAUGCCUUUAAAAAGGAAUUCCAUUUGGAUAAAAGAUUACAAGAGAGUGGUAAUAUGCGCAUUGCCAGACUAUAUUCAAUCAAACCAUUCUCGACACCAGAGAUCUUUGAGGAGGCUUAUGUAAAGGAGCUACGGGGACAAAUCAUGUUGCACUUCGCAGAACUGAAGGCGAAAAUGGAAAUUGAGAAGGAAACUGUUGGUUUGUCUCAACGCAGUCAACAGUAUCUGGCAAAUGUUUCCUCUGAAAAGUGUGCAUUGGCAAAAAGAAGCAUCUUUAAAUCUUUGAGAUUAAGAAAGAAAAUUGUCGAUAACGAUGUUGAAACCCCAGUUGAACUGAAAGAAAAGAGAAAAUUUUCAUCCAUCUUGAAGUUCUUUCGCCGAACAUCAAUGAAAAGAAGAAAGGCUGAAGAAUUUUCACCCGUUGUACAAGCUGAAAAAAGCCAUGGAAAUUACAUCACACUUAAACAAAAAAAGAAAGGCUGCUUCAAGAUUUUUGGUGUCUUCAUGCGAUUGAAGAAAAGAACUCGCGAGACUGGAUACGAAGAAGGCGAAAACAAAGAAGAACAACAGGAUGCUUCGCUUUCUGAUGAUGGAUUUCCCUCCGUGGUGGAGGAAUUUGAUGACUCAGAAGAAGUUAAACAGUGCGAAAGGACAGAGAAGGAGAGCGUUAAAGUUACCAUGGAAAAGAUUACAAAAGAACCAGAUGAUGAUUUCGAGCUGAGUGACGAUGACGAUGAAGAUCCUGGAGAAUGUUUGGACUUUCUACGCUGGUGCAAUGAAAUUCCACUGACUAUUGGCAAAGCUGAUAUUCCGUUCGUGUCUGUUUCAUGCACACCGUGGUGGAGAGACGACAGUGUUGUCUUUGGAUUGCAGCCUAAACUUGCAAAUGAGCUUCAAGGUUAUUACAAAGAUGAUGAUGUUGUUUCGUUUGAUGAUGAAGUUGACGAGGAGUUAGAAAAGAUCUUUGCAUGUGACAUGAAUAAGCUUCAAAUUGAAAGAUUGGUGGAUGGAGGGCUGAAUUUGAUGAGCUGCUGAAUGCAACUCAUCGAAUUCAUCACAUAAAAAACAAAAUCGUAUAUUUAUUUAUUUAUUUUUCAACCCUGGGUACACAGCAUACACAAACUCAUACAUUUGAUUGGUUCAUGAUUGGGUGAUAGUAGACAAAUAUCUGGUGGAAAGUUGGACGGAAGGAAAACGUACCGAGAAAAGUUUGGUUUGUUUGUUCGAAAGUUUCUCGAAGAUGCAAUACAAUGAAAACUGUUGAAUCAGUCGUUGAGUUCGAUUUCAAUCUGUUAUCGAUUUGCAGUUAGAUUUGAUAUUUCAAAUUCGAUACACUUCAGUUAAUGCCCUAUGACGUAUUUCUUCAUCGAUAGCUCAGAUGGUAGAGCAGGACAGUUAACAAGUCUAUGCGUGGGUUCGAAUCCCACUCGAAGUAGUAAUACAUCUUUUAUGAAGCUGAAGAACUUUUGAUAAACAAUGACAAAACAAAUCUUUGUGUUAUGUUUCCUUGGAAACAAGAAAAAGAAAACCAAACAAAAAUGUCUCCUUAUUUAUUUAUUAUGGUUUGAGCAACUGAUUUUUAGCUGGGUGGCUCACCCUCGUGCCAAGGGUUCCUUGGUUCUUGAACCGCUAUAAAAUUCAUCGAAAAAGCAAGAUCUUCUGAGAGUAGGGUUGAGGGUGGCUACAAACUGUCGUUAAAACGAGGUUGCGUUUUGUCUGAUUUAAAACGGAAUAGUCAUGAAUUUUCAAAACACAAAGAAGAUUGACACAUCGCGUUAAAUGUUUGGAAACAUUAACAGUAAGAUGGGAUUAAAAUUUGUACUGGGAGGUGGGAUUUCCGCUGUUCGUCAAAUAACCAUAGAACUCCGAAAAAAUGUUUUAAUUUUGCCCCGUAAAGGAAGAAAACAAGGGAAAGAAGGUUCACAAAUUGUUUCUCAGAUGUUCUUAUUUACAUAAUUUAGAUGUCCAAAGAAAGGAGGAGUGCAUUAU